AUGUCGCAUCGAAAAUUUUCUGCUCCCCGUCAUGGUUCCAUGGGUUUCACACCUAAAAAACGAUCAAAGCGUCAUCGUGGUAAAGUUAAAGCGUUUCCUAAAGAUGAUCCAUCUUUACCGAUUCAUUUAACAGCUUUUAUUGCGUUUAAGGCUGGUAUGACACAUAUCGUGCGUGAGGUCGACAAACCAGGGUCGAAAGUCAAUAAGAAGGAAGUAGUUGAGGCCGUAACAAUUCUCGAAGCUCCACCGAUGGUUAUCGUUGGUGUUGUUGGUUAUAUCGAUACUCCACGAGGUAUUCGCCAGUUCAAAGUUGUAUGGGCAGAACAUUUAUCUGAAGAUUGCCGUCGGCGAUUCUACAAGAAUUGGCAUUCGUCGAAGAAGAAGGCAUUCCAAAAGCAUGCAAAAAAAUGGCAAGAUGAUGAUGGUUUGAAAUCGAUUGAAUCCGAUCUUAACAAGAUGAAAAAAUAUUGUAGCGUGAUAAGAGUUAUUGCCCAUACACAGAUGAAAAUAAUGAAACAUCGCCAGAAGAAGGCGCAUAUCAUGGAAAUUCAAGUUAAUGGCGGAACCGUACCUGAAAAAGUUGAUUGGGCUCGUGAACAUUUGGAAAAACAAGUUUCUGUGGAUUCUGUUUUUGCUCAAGAUGAGAUGAUAGAUUGCAUUGGUGUGACCAAAGGAAAGGGAUUUAAAGGUGUAACGAGUAGAUGGCAUACGAAGAAAUUGCCAAGGAAGACCCAUAAGGGUCUUCGUAAGGUUGCUUGUAUUGGUGCUUGGCAUCCUUCUCGCGUACAGUUUACCGUAGCGCGUGCUGGUCAAAAAGGAUAUCACCACCGUACAGAAAUUAACAAAAAGAUUUAUCGUUUAGGCAAAUCUUGUCUCACUGAAGAAGGCAAGAGAAAUGGUGCAACAGAAUAUGAUAUCACAGAAAAAAGUGUUAAUCCUUUAGGAGGUUUUCCACAUUAUGGUCUAGUAAAUCAAGAUUUCGUCAUGAUUCGUGGAUGCUGUAUUGGGUCGAAAAAACGACCUAUCACUCUUCGAAAAUCACUCAUGGUUCAAACAAAACGAUUUGCUCAUGAAAAAAUCAAUUUGAAAUGGAUAGAUACCAGUUCAAAAUUCGGUCAUGGUAGAUUCCAGACUCAUGCGGAAAAAAAGGCGUUUAUGGGUAAACUUAAGAAAGAUUUAGUUGCCGAGGCAACUAAGUGA